AUGACCUCCUUCUCCAGCCGCAGCAGCUUCGUGUCCUCCCCCAUGAGGAGCUCCAUCAUAAUGGGCCCCUCCGUGUCCUCCCGCCAGGUCCGCGGCAUCGGGGCCGGCAGCGUUUACGGAGGAGCCGGAGGGUCUGGUGUCCGCGUUUCAAGCAGCUCCUUCUCCUCCUCCGGCGCAGGAGUCGGCGGCGCCUUCAACCUGACGGACGCCAUCGACGUCUCCGCCAGCGAGAAGAUCACCAUGCAGAACCUCAACGACCGCCUGGCCGCCUACCUGGACAGGGUGCGUGACCUGGAGAAAGCCAACGGCGAGCUGGAGCUGAAGAUCAGGCAGUUCCUGGAGAGCCGGGUCACGCCGAAGGCUCACAACUUCGAUGCAUUCAACGUCCGCAUUAAAGACCUGCAGGACCAGAUCAUCGCCGCUGCUCAGGGAAACGGCGUCCUCUUCCUCUUCAUCGACAACGCCAAGCUGGCCGUCGAUGACUUCAAAGUCAAGUUUGAGAACGAGCUGGCCAUGCGUCAGUCGGUGGAGGCCGACAUCGCCGGGCUGAAGAGGGUCCUGGACGAGCUGACUCUGGGAAGAUCCGACCUGGAGAUGCAGAUCGAAGGGCUGAGGGAUGAACUCAUCUAUCUCAAGAAGAACCAUGAAGAGGACUUGCUGGCUCUGAGGGCCCAGGUUGGAGGUCGGGUGAACGUGGAGGUGGACGCCGCUCCUCAGCAGGACCUGUCCGCCAUCCUGGCCGGAGUCAGAGCAGACUACGAGACUGUGGCCGCAAAGAACCGCAGAGACCUGGAGUCCUGGUUCCAGGCCAAGACGGCCGAGCUGAGCAAAGAGGUGGCGGUGAGCACCGAGACCCUGCAGACGUCCAAGUCCAGCAUUGGAGAGCUCAGACGAACUCUUCAGACUGUGGAGAUCAAACUGCAGUCUGAAAUCAGCAUGAAAGGAGCUCUGGAGAUGACUCUGGCUGAGACCAGCAGCCGCUACGCCAACAUGCUGGCAGGCUACCAGAGCCAGGUGGUGGCUCUGGAGGAGCAGCUGGCCCGGCUGAGGAGCGAGCUGGAGAACCAGGGGAUCCAGUUCUCAGACCUGCUGGACAUCAAGACCAGACUGGAGCUGGAGAUCCUCGAGUACAGGAAGCUGCUGGACGCUGAGAGCACCACCACCGUCACCACCGUCACCACCGUCACCGACAAGUGAGUGACCAUCGCACGAUCACGCAGGAGGUGGACUCCUCUGGAAACGUGGAGACCACCGAGAGGCGUGAGACCAGCACAAAACCAGGAACCCUU